GUGGUCGUGACGUCACAAUCUCGCGAGAUGAGAUUUGGAACGUCUGGAUUAGCUGUCCGGAAGGAGCCAAGGAGUUGGACCUUAACGGCGUUGCGGGUUGAUUAAACGGUGAUCCGGUGCUGCGGGCAGUGUUAGGAUAAUCGGGACUGUCCCACGAAAAGCGGGACAAUUGGGCGGUUUCUUGCUGAAUUUUGAUUUAAUCAAUACAGAAACUUGAAUUGGAGUCAGAAAUGGGGACUCCUGGAUCUGGAAGAAAACGCACCCAAAUUAAGGACAGGUUUUCUGCUGAAGAUGAAGCUUUAAGUCAUAUUGCUAGAGAGGCAGAGGCAAGACUCGCCGCCAAAAGAGCAGCUCGAGCAGAAGCUAGAGAUAUUCGCAUGCGAGAGCUGGAACGGCAACAGAAAGAGCUUACACAUCGCUAUCAUGAUAAAAAAUGGGGACAGAUCCAAAAGUGGAUGGAAGAUUCUGACCGUGCUAGGCAUUCACAGAGGCCCAGUCAUCGUCAUUCUAUGGCUUCUUCAAGUAUGACACCCAAUCACAGGAGCUCUUCUGUUGAUGUCAGUGGCUUACACAGAGGGAGAGAAAGCACUUCCCGGAAAAGAGAUAUUGUGUACAAUACUUUGAAAGAUAGCUCCAGAAGAAAUUCCCACACCUACAGCAAUUCAUAUGAUGUCAAGAAUACUUCAUCCAGUUCUCAUAGAGAUCUGCUGAGUGGACUCUACCACGAUCAAAGGAAAUAUACCAGCCUUAAGUAUAGCAAACCAAUCUCCACCCACCACACGAGGUCAUCUUCUCUUUACAGUGAACCUUUGGCCACCAAAAGGACUUAUGGGGAUUCUCCUAACUUUAGUUCUAAAUUGAUCCGAAGUUCCAGCUCGACCUCUCUGUACAAAGAUGGGUUUUAUAAUGCUUCUUCUUCUCGCACUCCUUCUGAGUACAGCUGUUAUUCCUCAAGAGCCAGCUCUGCGCGAAGCAGCCCUGUGUGCUCUGAUGAUGAAGGUUCUGUGUCAUAUAGUUCUUGUCGAGGGAGAAGAGAUAGUGUGUCAUCUGACUUUUCUGACCAAAGUGAAUCUGCCGCUGAUUAUUUUAGCCGAUCCAACCGUAGGGGAAGCAUAGUGUCUGAUGUCGAUGAUGUCAGCAUUCCAGAUCUAAAUAGUCUGGAUGAGAAGAUUGACAAGCAGUUCACUGAAAACUAUUCUAGGCCUUCAUCUCGUAAUGCAACAUCAGGGAUACCAGGGACUUUUACUCCUUUAAGUGGAUCGUCUUCUAGGAGAGGAAGUGGUGAUGCAAAUAGUUCGCUGGAUCCAGAUGCUUCAUUAAGUGAACUUAGGGAUAUCUAUGAUCUUAAGGACCAGAUUCAAGAUGUAGAAGGGAGAUACAUGCAGGGGCUUAAAGAACUGAAGGAGUCUCUUGCAGAAGUGGAAGAAAAAUACAAGAAAGCCAUGGUUUCCAAUGCCCAGCUUGACAAUGAAAAGAGCAAUUUGGUGUAUCAGGUGGAUACCCUAAAAGAUGUUGUUGAGGAAAUGGAGGAGCAAAUGGCAGAAUACCAUAGAGAAAAUGAAGAGAAAUCAAAGGAAUUAGAAAGGCAGAAGCAUAACUGUAGCAUUCUUCAGCACAAGUUAGAUGAACUUAAAGAAGGCAUUCAACAGCGGGAUGAGUUUAUAGAGGAGAACCAACGUAUGCAGCAGAGAGUAGACUCUCUUGUCAAAGAGGUGUAUGAUCUGCAAGAGACAAUUAACUGGAAAGAUAAAAAAAUUGGGGCACUAGAGAGACAGAAAGAAUACUUUGACUGCAUUAGAAAUGAGCGAGAUGAGCUUAGAGAUGAGCUGACUGCUGUGAAGGAAAAAAUGAAGAUAGGAGAGAAACACGGGUUAGUUAUCAUCCCGGAUGGAACUCCUAAUGGCGAUAUCAACCAUGAGCCAGUGGUUGGUGCGAUAACUGUAGUAUCCCAAGAAGCAGCACAUGUGUUGGAAUCUGCAGGAGAAGGCCCCCUUGAUGUGAGGCUACGAAAAUUAGCUGAAGAGAAAGAAGAGUUAGUGGCCCAGAUCAGAAAACUUAAAUUACAGCUUGAUGAUGAGCGCCAAAGAAGCGCAAAGAAUAAUUCCACAACAACUGAUUCAACUGGCCUAGAGAACGGCUCGGACCUGCAGUUAAUUGAGAUGCAGAGAGAUGCUAAUAGGCAAAUUAGUGAAUAUAAGUUCAAAAUUUCAAAAGCAGAGCAAGAUAUGACAACGCUGGAACAAAAUGUCAUGAGGCUUGAAGGACAAGUAGUAAGGUAUAAAUCAGCAGCGGAAAACGCCGAAAAGGUAGAAGAUGAGCUAAAAGCAGAAAAAAGAAGACUUCAGAGAGAGCUUCGAACUGCUUUGGACAAGAUGGAAGAGAUGGAAAUGACAAAUAAUCACUUAGUGAAACGAUUAGAGAAGAUGAAAGCCAACAGGACUGCACUUCUGUCUCAGCAGUAAUGAGAAUCAAAUCAAAGAACCUAAUGCACUGCUCCUAUAAACCAACACCCUCACCUUGUCUUACUAUGGGACAUCUUCACUAGCACGACUGGUGCAAUUGCUGCCUUGUCUCAAGGUCUAAGCUCUAAUACUACAAGUUGAUCUUUAAUUUAUGAGUGGAUGAGACAAACUGACAAUGAAUACUGUGGUGAUUUCCCUCUUCAGUAUAUUGAUUCGGGUAAAUUCAAAGCUGAAGCUCAACGCGCUGGAUUCCCGGCUUUGAACACAGCAUUUUAUAUCUCCACAUUAUUUAAUCAAGUUUACUCACUCCCUGUUUAGAUUUUUCCUACUGCUGAUCAACACCCUUCUGAAAAAGACCUGAUGCUGUGCUAAGACGUAAGACUUGACCCAACCCCCUUUCCUGCAACUGUUUAAAGAGAAAACACUUAUCUUUGCCAAAUAAGGAGUCCGACUCAACAAUUCACUUCCCUGCUUAAUGUGUCCUUUACUCUUCUAAAGCACUCUCUCUGCUUUCUCUGCAGUUAUCAAAGGGGAAACAAGUGACCAAUUUCUACAGUAUUGUGCCAGGCAACUGCAUUGCAGCGGGGAAGGGGUUUAAAGCAAAGUGCCUUCCUCAUUUCCGAUUCACCUUUAAUGCUGUUAAACUGCGCAAAGCUAUUACAUCUUAUUGCUCUAACAUUUAUACUUAGAAACGUUACAUUUUGGGAGGGGGGUGAAUAAUGCAUUAAACUUUAUACCUUUUGAACAAAAAAAAAAACACUUUUGUAAAAUAUUUUAAUUUGUAUAAGAAAUGUUUAACAAGAAAAAAAAACAGGGAUUGUAAAUACAUUGUGCUUUUAUUGCAUGAGGGAUGGCACAGUUGGAUAAUAGAGUUUUAAUGAGAUUAAUUGGCAGAUAUGAUAGAUAUGACUAAGACACUUAGUAUAUUGUACAACUGUAUAAUCUGCUUGCGUGUGAGUGCAGUCCCCAGGCAAAAGCUGAAGGACCUAUUAAAUGGACUCUUUAAUGAACACA